ACCGUGUAAUGGCUUUCUCCGGUGUAUCGUUUCUCCGUGACCUCGCCGCUGCUUAAACCCUCCACCUCUCUCCUCCCUUUUAUACCCCCAAUAUUAUCAGAAUCAUAAACCCAAAAAAAUCCUCAUUUCAAUUCCCAAAAUGACAAUACAUUCAGUAGUAAUCCAAAAACUGCUGAGCACAAACGCCCAUCUAGGUCGCCGUGUAACAACCCACCACUUCAAGAUCUUCUCUGAGGGCACUCGCAAUGGCAUGUCCAUUAUUGACUCUGACAAGACCCUCAUUUCCCUCCGAAAUGCCUGCAAUUUCAUCGGCCACUUAGCCCGUGACAAUGCGCGGUUCCUCUUCGUUAACACCAACGCUCUCUUCGAUGAAAUCGUUGCCCAAAUGACCCAGACCGUUGGGAUCAAGAACGACACCACAUGGCGUCUUGGAGGCUUUUUAACAAACAGUUCGAGCCCAAAAAAGUUUCGUGGCAGAAAUAAGAAGUUGAACCUUGGUGCAAUUCAGGCGCCGGAUUGUAUUGUGAUUUUUGAUACGGAGAGGAAAAGCUCAGUGAUUCAGGAGGCGUCCAGGCUGCAGAUUCCCAUUGUUGGGUUGGUGGAUUCGAGUAUGCCGUCCGAUACUUAUGAGAAGAUUACAUACCCUGUGCCGGCUAAUGAUUCUGUGCAGUUUGUGUACUUGUUCUGUAAUUUGAUCACCAAGACUAUUUUGUAUGAACAGAAGAGGUCUCAGGCUGCAUUGGUGGAGAAGGAGGAUAAAUACAGAUCACGAGAUGAUGUUCAACAAAUUGACAGGACUGCUACAAAGGAAAAAAUCUCAGUUCUUCCUUAUGAGAAAUUGCAACCCGCUCCAGAAGAUAUCUUGGAAACUAAGCAGCUUUUGGACAAACUUGUUGUAUUAAAGUUUAAUGGAAGCCUGGGGACACAGAUGGGCUUUAAUGGCCCCAAGUCUGUUAUGGAAGUUUGUGAUGGAUUGACAUGUCUGGAUUUGAUUCUUAAUCAAAUUGAGUCUUUCAAUUCCAAGUAUGGAUGCGUCAUUCCUCUGCUUCUGGUGAAUGCACCCAAUACACAUGAUGGUGUAUUGAAGGUCCUGGAAAGGCACUCUAAUAAGAACAUUCAUUCUCUUGUCCAGAGCCAACACCACCAAGGAAACAUCAAUGAUCUUCCACCAGCGUCAGCUGGAAAACAGGAUGACCAAGAUGGAAUGAAUUCUAUAAACCUUGCUGAGGUUUUCUCCUCACUGAUGAACGAUGGAAAAAUUGAUGUACUGUUGGCUCAGGGCAAAGAGUAUAUCCUGGUGUUGAAUUCAGACAAUGUUGGUCAUAUUGUUGACCCUAAAAUCUUAAAUCAUUUGAUUCAGAACAAUAUUGAGUAUUGUGUGGAGGUGAUGCCUAAAUCCUCUGAAUCAGAAGAAAGUAACCUUUCGUCUAUUAAAGAAGAGUUUGAGAACCUAAUGCCAAAGAAGAAUCUGAAAUUCACUCAUACAAUGUGGAUGAAUAUGAACUUUAUUGAAACCCUUGUGCAACGACGUGCAGCAAAAGAGUCUUUGACCAUUUCAAAGCUCUUUGAUCAGUCAUUUGCUAUAAAAGUUCCUAAAUCGAGAUAUCUUCCAGUUGAAGCAACAUCCGAUCUACUUCUGCUACAGUCAGAUUUAUUCACCUUUACUGAUGGCAUUCUGACUCGAAAUACAGCCAGAGAAAAUCUUGCCGAUCCUAUAAUUGAAUUAGGAACAGAAUUUGAAAAUAUCAACGAAUUCCGGACUCGCUUCAAGUCCAUACCUAGUGUUGUUGGACUUGUCAGCUUGAAGGUGACUGGGGAUGUGUGGUUUGGAACUGGUAUAACUCUCAAGGGAAAGGUCAUUAUACAAGCCAGACCAGGAAUGAAAAUAGUUGUUCCUGAUGACACGUUAGUUGAAAAUAAGAUUAUUACAAGCCAAGGAGACAUCGGAGGAGGAGGACCUUUAUAGCUUCUUGAAUUGACGCAGAAGGGAGUUUGUUGUAUUGAAUUUUGUUCUUUAAUUUUUCUAGAUAACUAAGUUAUAUACAACAGAUCCUCAGCCUUGAAAAAUCAAAAAAAGGGGAAAAAAGAGAGAAAAAAGAAAAAAGAAAAAAGAAAAAUACAGUUAGAAUUAGAAGAAAUAAAUUGUUGGUCUUGUUCAUUUAAUCUUCUAUUGAGGGUUAGAAAGAUCAGUGCCUGAUGAGUAUUGGAUUAGCAAAUUUGUUGGCUUAAGCUGUGUAUGCUUUCGAUAUCUGAUGCUUGAUUGAAAAUGGUGAAGCUCUCAUAUUCUAUAAGAUUACAGUA